GAAGGUGGUAGAUGAGGGCGUGCCUCCACAAACUGUCAUUAGCAAGCAAACUGCUGUUAUUGCUUGUUGAUUCAUACAUUUUGUGUUAUUUAAAUUCAAACAUUAUAAUUUGUUAGAAAGUGUUUUGUUUAAAAUUCCAGUUUAUUUGGUUUAGUGUAGUGUAAGAGUUGCAACAGCACAAAAAUGGAUUCUUCAAAAAUCGUUGCGACGCUGAUUUUGGCCUUCGCUUUGUUCAGUACCUGUUCCGCCAUGGAGUGCUACGUGUGCUCGAACCAGACUGGGAACACGGAAAAGUGCCUCAAUACGAUCAAGACGUGCAACCAGGGCGAGGAGGCGUGUCUGACGGAGAUCCGGUGGGGCAGUACGCCGUACUUUUCGCUGGGAGCGCUGAAGCAGUUCUAUGUUUCGAAACGGUGCGCCACGAAGGAUGUGUGCGAGAAGACCCGCCGGAAGUACAUGCCCUACUGUACGCACAUCUGGUACGAGGACUGGGCCUGUUCGGAGUGCUGCCUCGGGGAACGGUGCAAUUAUUAUGUGAUUAGUGGAGCACCUCCUCAAACCAUGUCCAUGGCCGCUUUCCUGGGGACGAUGGUCAGCCUAUUGGUGGCUAGAUAUUUGUACAAUAUCUAAAAGUAUGCCAUUUCAUCUUCAGAGGUUCAACUGGACUAUGUUUCCCUUGGACCACUAUUGCAUCGUUACAAUUCCGUCCCUAUAACAGAAGUAUUUGGAGAUAAGCGUAGGAAAGUUAAAAUGUCUAUCAAUAUAUGUGUAAGCUUUAGCAUUUCGUGAAUCUCAUCACUCGAAGUAGCGAAUCCGUCCGCAUUGAGCGAACUCCAAAUAAUCGUAAGACAAAUCAUGAAUCGACACAUUCCACAUGUUUAGUAUAUGUGAACAUUUAAGUUUUUACAAUGUUGAUCAAUCGUUCUUAUCGUGUUGAAAACGAUUCUAGUAGGUUUUUUUUCUGUAAUAAAUCGAAUCUUAUAUGACAAUAAAACCGACAUUCCAAUUAGA